AUGCCGAAUGGAGGCUGUGAUGAGCCAACGAACCUGAACGACUCAUCGGGGUCGUCGCAGUCCUUCUCCAGUCCGAACUAUCCCAGCACUGCCUUUCCCAACAACGUGUAUCCCCGGGACGUGGACUGCAGCUGGAUAAUCACGGUUCACAUUGAGAAGAAGGUGCAACUGACGUUUUCCUCCUUUGACGUCGAGUACCACGACAACUGUGAUUACGACUACGUGCUUCUUGAAGAAAAUGCACAACCAAUCAGCGUUCCUGAAGAAACUACGGAACUAGAUGGCGACCCCGAACAACCUCCCGGUGUAAACUUGGUCAAAAGGACUCAAGACGGAAAGUUCUGCGGUGAGAAACCCGACAGUUUGCCAUGGACGAAAAGCUACUCCUCUGUGAGUAACGUCAUGACUGUCAAGUUUACAUCCGACUCUUGGGUCAACCGAAAGGGAUUCCAAGCAAGUUUCGCGGCCGUUAACAAAGAGCCAGCGGAGUGCACGGCCGUGGAGAAGCUGUGUGACGACCUGCUGGGAUGUGUUGCUCUCGCCAAGAUCUGCGACGGCUCCGACGACUGCCAGGAUAAGAGUGACGAACGGCAUUGUGAAUGCGUAGAGAUUCCGACAGCCCUGGGCAUCUGCAAGGGUGCAAUCAACUACGGCAGCAUGGUCUACCCGAACCUGUACGGGCAUGAGGACAAGACAGCUCUCCUGGGCUCCGCCAUCUUUGGUCAGCUGGAGUCCGUCCAGGCCUCGUCUGAUCCGUGCCACGCGGAUGUGUUCGCCAUGGUCUGCUCCAUGCUUGCUCCAAAAUGCGUGCAGGGAGUAGAUACCAGCACUGGCACCAGAAGAGGCUACAUCAAACCGCCUUGCAGGACGUGGUGCCCUCAGAUCAGUACUAGCUGUUCGGACGAGAACCUGCUUCCCGACGACAUCUGUGGAACCCUGCCGUUCUCAGCCGACUGUUUCAUCAACCGGGCUGAAGUCGUCGACACCCAGGAGACAACAACCGGCGGACAAGACGGCGUCUGUGGAGGUGUCCUGUCCGGCAAUGAGGGGACCUUCAGUUCGCCAGGCUUUUUCGAGAGGAUACCGUACAGCGUGAACACAGACUGCGUCUGGUCUCUCCGGGUCUCCCCUACCCUGGUCCCGCAGAUCACCUUCAACACCUUCAAGCUGGAGGAGGGGCCCACUCCGGGGGACUGCCCGUUUGACUACGUCAGGAUCUUUGACGGAGAAUGGCCGGACGGGAAGUUCAAAAGCGUCACCAUGAAUCGCGGUAAAACCAAAGAUAAGCUCUGUGGUGAAGUCGUCCCCGGGACCAACGUGACAGGUGACAGCUAUAUCCUGACCAUCAUCUUCUCCAGUGAUAAGGGCACCACCAGGGAAGGCUUCGAUGCCUCCUACACCACAGUUGACCGAGCUCCUCUGUCGUGUGGUGUGGGUGAGAAGCCGUGCAGUGACGGCGCCUUGUGCGUGUCCAUGGCCCGCCGCUGUGACGGGCAGUUUGACUGCUGGGAUAAAAGUGACGAGAAGGACUGCGAAUGCGUUCCUCUGUCUGGAGAGCUACAGACGCUCUGUGAGAGUCGGGAGGAAUCCGAAAAUUACAUGACCUUCCCUAACCUCAUCGGACAUGAGACCCCCGGCAGCCUGGCUGCUUCCCCUGUCUUCAAUGACCUGAAGAUAUUGAUGAGCAGCUCGUGUCACGUGGACAUUGUGGAGUUUGUGUGUGAGAUGAUGGCUCCGAGGUGCGACCGCAUCACAACCCGCAUCAUAGCUCCCAGCAGGUCCUGGUGUGAGGAAGUCAGGAAAUCCUGUAAGGACGAGGAUAAGUGGCCGUCAAGCUUCCCGCCAUGUCACGUCAUCAGUGAAAACAGUGAAGAUGGCGAGGACGGUCAGACAGGAGGUCUGCAAGGAACGACAGACAAUGAAUGUUACCACGGAUCGGGCGCCAACUUCAGGGGCGUCCACAUGGAGACUGAGACUGGGAAGGACUGCACGGACUGGGUCGACCAUGUGUACGAGACCACAGCCUUCAAGUGGGCCAAUCUUGACAACAACUACUGCCGGAACCCCGGUAACAUAGGGGAGCGGCCGUGGUGUUACGUGGGCGACCAAUGGGAGUUUUGCAGUGUCCGGCCUUGUAGCGGUCUGGUCUGCUCUGACAGAGGCCAGCCCCGAUCAGUGACAGCUGGACCACGGAAGCAGUUUUACUGGCCAGGAGACAAGGUGACUUACCAGUGUGAUCUCGGGUACUCCCUGCAGGGUUCUGCCGUCAUCAAGUGCCUUGACAACGCCACCUGGGACAACGAUCUUCCUACAUGUAUCGUGGAUGAGCGCCGGGGACUGAGGAACGAUCUCUUCGACUUCUACAGCAAAGACCUGUCUCCCUCCGACGACUAUGUCACAGCUGUGUUCUCUGGACAAGCUAUCAACGUAGUGUCAUUGGACGAGAAGGGGCCAGAGGUACUGACUGAUAUUGUCCUGGAAUUGCGUUGGCGUGACCAGAGGCUGUCCUGGUCACCAGCAACCUACGGGGGCCUGGACAUCUUGCGAGUGUCCUAUGAUGAAGUCUGGACUCCAACAGUCGUUCUGCAGAGAAAUGCUGAUAGAGGUUUCAACAGCUUCCCAACCGUGGACGUGACCAUUACAUCCGGAGGGGAGGUGAUCUGGCUGGUGCAGACCCUAGUCACCACCACCUGUGACCUGGACCAGUACCUCUUCCCCUUUGACUCCAUGACGUGCCCUGUGUGCGUGAAGACGGGACUCAAAGAGGAAAGGCUGAGCUGCCCCCUGCCAGAUAACAUCACGGCUGAAAACAACCUGAACUGCAACAGCUCCGCGAGUCUGGUCACCGGGGAGUGGUCGGUCACUGUCACCGCGGACAGCGACGGCGACACGGGCUGUCUGAACCUGAACCUGCAGCGGAACCCCACCUACCACAUGUGCACCACCAUCGCCCCGACCAUCGUCCUGGCCGUCCUCAUGUGUGUCACAUUCCUGCUUCCCAUUGACAAGGGAGAUCGCUUGUCCUACGGGAUGGCUAUUCUACUGGCAAUGGUGGUGUCACUUGUCGUCAUCACUGACUUCCUGCCACGCUCUACCAUCAUCCCCUUCAUCGGAACGUUCGUGAUAGUGUCCAUGUCGCUCAUGGCAGUCUUCAUGCUGGCCACUGUCGGGAUCAUCAACGUGUCAGGCAAGCAGGGCGAGGUUCCCCCAUGGGUCCGGAGUGUGUUCCUCAGGUGCAUGGCUCGAUGCCUCCUGAUGGGUAACCUGACUAAGGAAUCCGGCAAGCCCGAGGUGGCCCCUAACAAAGUCUACAUCGAGGGGUCUACUCACGACAACGCCGCCUUUACAACCCAUGGUGAAGAGCAGUUGCUGUGGAGCACUCCUGGCAACUUCAAGCCCACAGGCAACCUUCCCCCGGGUGCACCAGACGCUCCGGCUAUGCUGCCCGGCAUGCAGGCCCUGAUCUACGCCAUCAGGAAGAGCCUGGACCGCCUGAACGUCACCAUUGAAGGCCUCCGUCCUGACCAGGAGGAGGAGGAGAGUGAGUGGAUGCUGCUGUCCUACGUGCUGGACCGCCUGUGCCUGGUCCUGUACAUCAUCGGGCUGAUCGCCGCCGUGCCCCUGUCGCUGUUCCUGGGGCGCCCUUAG